AUGGAAUCCCUCUCAGACACCCUGUGGGAUGUAGUGAUCAGCGGCACUGGGCUACAACAGUCCCUCCUAGCCCUAGCUUUGUCGCGUUCAGGCAAAAACAUACUUCACGUCGAUCCCAACCCAUUCUAUGGCGGUAGCGAAGCCGCUCUUAGCCUCCAAGAGGCAGACGAAUGGGCGGAGAAGAACCGAUCCGCCGACGCUUCCCAGUUGUUUUCUGCUGCGGAAGCAAAGCGUGACGACGCCUUGGGCUCAGCACGUGCUUACAGUUUGGCUUUCGCGCCUCAGUUGAUACACUCGCGGUCGAAGCUCGUCACCCAGCUCGUUGAUUCGAAAGCGUUUCGCCAGAUCGAGUUUCUCGCUGUCGGCUCUUUUUACAUCUACCAGCCCUCGUCGGAUCCCGCAUCGAUACCCUCCCUCAGCCGGAUACCCUCGACUCGCGAAGAUGUCUUUUCCAACAAGUCCAUCCCUGCUCGGUCCAAGCGGUCCUUGAUGAAGUUCCUCAAGUUUGUGCUUGAUUUCAAUUCGGAACCUCAAAUCGAAACGUGGACUCCGCAUGCCGACGAGGAGCUCGCACAGUUUCUCGUUUCUGAGUUUAAACUCGAUGCGGCUCUUCAGUCCUAUGUUAUCACACUGACUUUGACCCAUGAUGGCAAGAUAUUAGUCAAGGAUGGUUUGACUGCGAUUAACAGACAUCUGACUUCCAUGGGCGUUUUUGGUACUGGCUUUGCUGCAGUCUAUCCCAAAUGGGGUGGCCUGUCAGAGGUAGCUCAAGUGGGCUGCCGAGCAGCUGCUGUUGGCGGCGCAACUUACAUGUUGGGUUCCGGCAUCAAGAGCUUGGAACGCUCCAGCUCUGCUGAAGCCGAAGCUCCCCUUGAGCUUUCGUUCACGAACGAUAUCGAUGUCAAGGCCAAACUGGUGAUUCAAGGCGCCGAUACGAUUGAUCCCAAUAGCCCUCGAAUCAGCAGGCUCACAGUGGUGACAAAGGCGGACUUGUCUUCGCUCUUUGAACUACUUACUGAGGGCGCUCCCGUGCCUGCUGUUGCCGUGGUGGCUUUUCCGACAGGCUCGGUCUCUGAGGGUGAAAAUCCUUCAGAGUUUCCAGUCUACGCAAUGGUACACUCGAGCGACACUGGGGAGUGCCCUUCUGGACAAUAUGUCAUAUACCUCAGUGCCAUUUGUACACCAUCUGCGAAAUCGAUUCUAGAUAAGGCUCUUUCGUCUCUCUUGUCUGCUGUGCCGAAUGGCCAAGACGUGAUUCCACUGCUUUAUAAGCUGUACUAUGAACAGGGCGAUGGAACAAACGCCCUGAGCAUUGACGGAAACAUUGCUACAUUCUCAUCCCCUUCACAAAGCUUGGCAUUCGAUGAUUCUAUCCUCGACUCGGUCCAUGAGGCCUGGAAGUUUGUUAAUGCUGGCUCAGAAGACGGUCUUGAGUACAUGAAGUUUGAGGACCGAGAGGCUGCCUCAAAUGACGAGUUUUACGAAUAG